CUUAAGCGACCUUUGAAAGUGGAAAAAAAUCUCAUUAAAAUGAAGUUAGAAAAAAUAUUCUACCCAUUUGAAAAUGUAUGUUCCAUGGCACUUGUGAGCUUUCGUAACUUGCUGAAUGCAGGUGACCUUUUUUAACACGGUUGCCUUGCAUUGAACGUCGAAAGAAAGGCACGCAGUUCCCUGCUACCGCGCUACAAACAAGGUCAGAUACAGGUAACUUAUUUUCACCAUGGACGCAGGCUAGGUCAAUUAUUGUCAAGAUCCGCGUUGGAGCGCCUCAACAACAAGAAGAUUACCGUAUGAAUAGAACCCUUCUGUUCUGCUUCAUUCAAAAUAUGGUGGGGUCACUUUUUGAACAGCCUUGAUCGUACUGAAUGUAUUUCGUGUGAACACGGGCCGUUGGAGACAUUUUAAUGGAAUACAUGUACCAGUAGACGACGGAUAAGCCGACAUGGGGAAUUCUACUUCAGAGGACCUCUGGGUACCGGAGAUGCCGUCUUGCCCCGGCCCUGCCGUGUGCAUUAUCGAGGCGGCUGUUGUUAUCGCCGUAGUAUUUCUCAUUCUGGUCGGGAACGUCAGUAACUUGAUAGUUUUGCUGUCCACGCGGUCGCUUCGCAACAGCCAUGGGUACCUGUUGCUAUCUCUCUCUGUGGCAGACCUUAUGACUGGACUGAUGGCCAGUUUAGCGGUAUAUCCCUCAGCCACCCUCCAGUCCAGCCCGGACUCCUGGCCCUAUGGGGACACGGUUUGUCUCGUUGCGGCCUACAUCAAACAGAUAGGGAUCACCAACUCAAGCAUUACUUUGAUGUUACUUAGCGUCGAGCGCUACAUCGCCGUGGUGCAUCCCCUUCGCUACACCCGAGUCGUCACCAAGAAAGUCACACUUGUGUGUAUCAGUGUGGUGUGGCUGUUCUCGGCCGGGUUUUUCAGCAUCAUCUUCGCUGGUUUCCCAGAACAUCUCUACUUCUCCACGUUGUACGUGUGCCUGCCGCAGCUCUUCAGCACCAACGCCCUUGCGUUUUUUCUGCUCGGCAGCGUCACCGCUCCCAUGCUAGUUAUUAUCAUUACAUCUUGCGCUGUCGGCAGAAAACUUCGAGCUGGAUUCCAAGGCAGCAGAGAUGCGGACACCAGAGAAUAUGGGACGGGCAUCAAGGUGAAAACCUUCCGGAUGGUUCAGGUCAUGACUGCGACGUUCAUCCUGUGCUAUGUGCCAUUCUUCACUCUCCUCUUCGUUAGCCUAUUUGCCUUCAUCUCCAUGCCGCAGGUGGUCGCCUUCGGAGUUUACUGGCUGCUACUUGCAAACAGCUUCUUCAACACCCUGAUCUACUUCAAAAUGAACACGACUUUUCGGGCAAGAAUCCACGAGCUCCUGGGUUACCUGGCCGCCAAAGUGUCGCCGAGACUGACUUCCGAGAAACAUGACAGCCAUUCUACAAGGGAAAGCUCGUACACAAAGUCAUAUGCAAACUCCUUCACGGCGACUGACGGUAACUCGUUGGCCACAUCAACCAUGUCCAUGAGCAUACAUUGCCAUGAUAGCAAUAUAUAGGGCCCCCCAUGGUCUACCUCAACGUGCAUCCAAAAAGAAAGCUGGCAACUUGACCCGCGAAUUUUCAACAUAAUACAACUUAGUCAUGUAAAAUUAGAUUACUUCAUAAAAAUGGUCUGUUUAAGAAAAAAUAGAUGAUAGAUAUGGUAUUUCACAGGGCCAAACUUGAUUGGAAUCCUCAAAAGAUGACCACAUAAAUUUUGAUCCCACAUAAAGAUUAAAAAUAGCCAGAAGGUUUACCACCCCUACUGCCUUAAUACACUUAUGCAUGCGAAGAAAGUAGGCAUCGCGAAGGACUUUUAAGUCAAUUCAUUGUAAAUGACGGUUACGCAAGAUUAGUCAUCCAUCGUUUCAAUAUUAAAGUUAACUUAUUAAAGCUGCAUGCGAUGUGUCGCGCACUGUCAGAUUAGGCAUGGGGUGAACACCUCCUCUCGUCCAAGAUUUUGGAGGGUGUCUUUAAGUUAGAUUUUGAUUGUGAUUCCGUAGAGAGAGCUGUGGACGCUACUUGCCAGUUUUACUUUCGAAAGCACUGAUAACAGAAAUCAUAACCUCAUUUUUACAAAUAUAAGGUAUCUUCUAAUGAAAGAAGAGAGAGACACCAUGAUUUCAAUGUUUUACUUACUUUUCAUUAUAGGUUUUCCCGGUCCAAUUAUUGUAAACAGCAUUCAAAUUCGUGAACGUGCAUUCGCAUUCGAGCGAUUUCUCGAAGGCCGUUAGUCCCGUGGUUCAUUUUGGAAACUUUGCGCAUUCAAUUUAUUUUGUAGACGACGAAUCGUAUACUUUCAAGGAUUCAGUUUAGUAACAGUAUCAUUCAAUUUCACCGUGCACAAGCGUCACUCAUUUUCGCUCUGGGUGACUGGGAGGUGGGUUCCUACCCAAAUUUUACUUUCAUUUUCGUCAGUGGGCUCUCAUAUUCACAAGGUAAGCUUUUAAAAGUAUACGUAGCCUGAAUAUUGGAGACAACAUAGAAGUUUCUGUAUAAUUAUGAUAGGCGUGCAGUUCCAGAAACUUCCUGAUCGCCGGCGACCUUUAUUAUCCCCAACAUUAUUAUUUAACUUUAUAAAUACAUACUUUUCGUCUGGUAAAUGCUUUCCUUGGGAUAAUAUCGAGUUUUUUUUUCUUUCAAGUAGAACAUUUAGGAUUACACGAAACCAACUAUUUUUUCCUUUUUUCCAUGAAUUUUCAUUAUUCAAGGUUAACUGCCAGUUCUAGGUAAUCUUGACCAUUUCCCUCAAAUGCUUCAAUCAAACGACAACGAUCGACAGUGGGUAUUCUUGUGUAUAAGCGAGCACGAGCUGUUGCCAUCUUAUUUCAGCGUUUGAGCUCAUAGAAUAAGAGGUUCUUUGACCAUGGUGAUUAUAAGUGUACUAAGAGAGAUUACUUUGCCAGUGAAAAACGUUUUCUUCAUGAUGUAAUUUGAAUAAAUUAUUCAAACCUCAAACAUUUCAAAUUUAUAAAUUACACUUCGAUGCAAAACACUGCACGGAUGUCAGAUAUCCUUGCCUAUUCACGAAAUCACAUGCUUAUUACGAGUGCCACAUUGCGAAUUUGACUGCUGUGUCUAGAAUUUUCCAAAUUAAAUAGCAACUUAAAUUCUUUUGUUUAACAAGAAUAUGCAAUUGCAUGCUCAUGGAGUUAAAUUGAAUGAUUAUUUUUGCUGACCGAAUAUUGAUUUGGAUUGUCAAUCAAUUUCGCGCUAAAUUGAAUGAACCUAACGUUAAUUGGAGCGUCAAUUUUGAAAAUUUGCACGGGACAACCUAUAAAAAAAUUCUUUUCCCAAAAGUUUUUACUUUGUCCCCUUUCAUAUGGUACAAACAAGAUGGAGUUUUCAAAAAAUCAGAAUGGGGUUUUCAAAAGGAUGUGAUGGGCCGAACACGGGAACCUCUUGUGAGCGAACUCUCAAAUGAUAGGGUUACUACAUUGAGAGAGGGUGGCGAAACUUAGUACCUUGACCUCAUCCUACGUUGCUUACUUCUGUCAGUUUAUCAAAAAAUAUCAGGCUUUACACCUCUCUGUGUGGUAGAAUUAUCGCAGAAGAUGAAGCGGCACAAGGACAUUAGAGAAACGGGGUGCGAAGAAAUUUGUGUGGAAAGAAAGGGGGGCAUGCUGAAGGACGCUGUUGCUUGGAUUGAACAGCUCAUUCAGCAAAGUUUUAUUCCCAUAAGAAAAUGCAAGCAGAGAUUAAAACGAAGUUGUUUUAACUGUUCCUAAUUUAAGCAAGAUAGUAACAAGAAUAUAAUAUAAAAUCAGUGCUCUGGAAUAUGUGAUUACCAAGCUUUCAGUAACUGAGUACCUUCUUUAGGGCAAGCAGAUUGAUUUUAUGUUGUUAACAUCCUGAUCACGGUGCUACCCAGCCCUUCCAUAUUUCCCUAAUUUGAGCAAGCCUAGAAGUAGCCUAUGCAAUAGAGAUCAUCACUUCUCGUUUCGUGAACGACGCCACUGAAUUUUCACACCACCGAUUCAGCUUGUCUCUUACCAGUCACGCAUGACCCAAACACUAUGUUGGUACAUCAAUGAAAGAGGACAGGAUGUGCUUCAACAUUAAAAAUUAAACUUUGGAAACAUGUUCAAUAGUUACUGAGCAAUUCACUCCAAAAUCCUGGUUUCCUUAUUUAGUGUGAUUUUACUGCUAAAUUAUGUGCUUUGACUAAAUUAACAAAUUUCG